ACGAAGAGAGAGACAUAAACAGAACAGGGAGGGUGAGGAACGAAGAGAGAGACACAGACAGAACAGGGAGGGUGAGGAACGAAGAGAGAGACACAGACAGAACAGGGAGGGUGAGGAAUGAAGAGAGAGACAUAAACAGAACAGGGAGGGUGAGGAACGAAGAGAGAGACACAGACAGAACAGGGAGGGUGAGGAAUGAAGAGAGAGACAUAAACAGAACAGGGAGGGUGAGGAACGAAGAGAGACACACAAACAGAACAGGGAGGGUGAGGAACGAAGGGAGAGACAUAAACAGAACAGGGAGGGUGAGGAACGAAGAGAGAGACACACAAACAGAACAGGGAGGGUGAGGAACGAAGAGAGAGACACACAAACAGAACAGGGAGGGUGAGGAACGAAGAGAGAGACAUAAACAGAACAGGGAGGGUGAGGAACGAAGAGAGAGACACAGACAGAACAGGGAGGGUGAGGAACGAAGAGAGAGACACAGACAGAACAGGGAGGGUGAGGAACGAAGAGAGAGACAGAAACAGAACAGGGAGGGUGAGGAACGGAGAGAGACACAGACAGAACAGGGAGGGUGAGGAACGAAGAGAGAGACACAGACAGAACAGGGAGGGUGAGGAACGAAGAGAGAGAUACAGACAGAACAGGGAGGGUGAGGCACGAAGAGAGAGACAACAGGGAAAGAGAGAGACAGGGAGAGGAACAAACAGAGGAAAACCCAGGGGAAAGAGAAAGCGAGCAAAUCACGGGAGUUAGAGAAACUCAGGAACCAAGCGAGAGAGAAAUACUAAGAGACAGAAACGGAGAGGGAGUGGGGAAAGAGAAAAACUAAAGUAGAUUGAGGGAGGAAAAUGAGGAUGUGAUAAAAACAUGGCGAGGGAGAAACCGAGUCGAGUGAAACGAGACCGCGAGAGAGAUGUAAAGAUGUUGCACGGAAUGAGGGAGAGGGGGAGUAAAGAAGGGAGCGGACUAAUUUAUUCGGAUGAUCCUAAUCCAAAUUUGAAGGUCAAGUCUAAACUAGCAAUGACCGAAAUCGCUAUCGAUAAAUCCAAUCUACCUCGGGUGCGAGAAGUGUGCCGUGGGUUUGCUGUCUUGGAGGAUGGGGCAUUGGCACACAACCUUCAGGAGCAAGAGAUUGAACAACACUACGCUUCAAACAUUGAGAAGAACAAGUUGGUCCGGCAGGAUGUUUGUGUGGCCAAAAAACUGCAGGACGAAGAGGAAUUGGAAGCCAAACAUUACAGCCGGGAACACCAGCAACAGAUUGAGGAGCUUGAUUCACAAUAUGCCAAAGUUGUGCAAGAGGAGAUUGAGAAGCAUGUGGCCGAAAGUCUGCAGCGAGAGGAGCAGGACAAGGAGGUGGCCAGGAGACUACAACAGGAGGAAGAGCUGAGGGACCAAAGGAGGCUAGUGCUGGAGGCAGAGAUCUAUGCUGCCGGAGAGGAGAUGCACAGGGCAACAGGGAGGAGGUUGUGGCAUGGACAUGAGCAGAACCCCCUGGAUAGGGAGGUUGCCCAGUUGAAUCUCAGUGAUUCCUACAAGAGUGACCAGGAGCAGCUACAACGUGAUGAAGCUCUGGCCCGCCUCUUACAGGAGGAGGAGGAAGUGAGAAUGGUGCAGCUGAGAUCGAGGAGCCAAAGGAAUCAGGAGGAGGAUUUCCGUGCAGCUCAGGUGGCACAGGAUGAGGAAAUAGCCAAGUACAUUCAAAGACAAGAAUUAAAAGCCCACAAACAGUCCAAGCGGCUGGAAGAGAGGUUGGCGAGGAGAGAGUACUCAGGAGAAAGCAGUGAAUGCUCAGACAGGCAGCAAAGACCGAGUCAAGCAGCCCCUACUCCACAAGAGCGAUUAAACUCUGAAGGAUUUCCAUCUCCAAGUGGCGAGCAGACUCCUGAGAGAGGACACUCUCCCACAGAGCAGCAAUCAAGGCACCUAUUCCCCAGAAACAUAGCCGAGGAACUGGAUCCAACCUUUAAAACCAAAAAUCUGCAGCACUCCUCAGACCCAUUUUCUGCUGUUCCACCAGCCUUGCCUCAGCCCUGCACUGUGCCACCAGACAGUUUCUAUGACUACCUGGACGAAUCCUCCAAGCCAACGUUGGUUUCACCGACCAGGCGGCAGGAAGAGAAGCUGGUGAGGCAGAAAUCGAAGGAAAAAAAGGAAGGUUGCAAGCAGCAGUGAGAAUGGCGGGGCUGCGGAACAGCCUGAAGGUGCUGGCUCAGUCCAGGAAGCUUCUGCCUGCACACACGCACACACUUACAUUUCAUAUUGUAGACUCCAGGUUUCCACUUGAGGCACUGGUAAGGUAUUGCCCCUGUGUUCCACGCUCCUGUAGCUGGCGCCCCUGCAUUGCAAGGGCUGCAGCUAUGAUCUGAGUCUGGUCUGGAGCAGAAGGUUAGCUCAGCUCUGAAUUUGGUGUAAGCACACCCUUUCCUACAGUUUGCUGCAGCUUCAGUGAUUGGAAGGAGGGAGACAGCUGAACAGAAGGAGGGAAUGCAAUCACCAGCUUCAGGUCAGGGCUGAAUGACCAGCUGACACAAAGAUUAUUUCAUUGUUAAAACUGACGGAUUGGAAUGUAACGUCUUCUCUCCCCUCACCUUUUUCUGGACAUCCCAAGACUUGGCCAAAGAGCCUUGAUCAAUCAGGCACCAUGUGCAUGAUAAGGACUGCCUGCCAAGGCUGUUUCUCCCAUGUUGUUAACUCUGUCGAUUCUGCCUUGCUGAAUGUGAAAGAUGUCAGCGCCAGGGAAUGACGUCUACCACCUCCAGCAUUGAAGUAUCCCUGCUCCAGUACAGAGUGAUGCUUCCUUUACUCUGACCCUAAAUAAAACCUUUGUUCACUGUUAAGUUCCCCACCCUGAGACUGUGCUGAAACCAGGGAUCUCUGUGGAUGAUCUGUAACUGCACUCACCAACCUACAGUCACUCUGAGGAAAUCAGCCAGAGAUUUCAUAGCACAUUGUCACCUCUGGCUAGAGUCUUUAGAUUACAAUAUGGACCUACAUCCUGAACAUUUCUUUAGCUUUAAAUGUUUUCAAUUAUUUAAUGGAUAAAAUUGAAAAAUUUUUUAAAAAUAUUAAUUUUCAAUGAUUGCCUGGGACCAUUUGCUGGGGCAGCAUAGAAUGACUUUUACUCUGAUCUGAGUUUUUGCUGUCCCUGACCCAGGAGCUUUCAGGACAGUGUAGAGGAAGGUUUACUCUGUAUUCGAUCCUGUGCUGUACCUGUUCUGGGAGUGUUUGGUGGGGGCAGUGUAGAGGAAGCUUAUUUCUGGAACAACUUUGUGUUGUGGAACUUUUUUGGGCAGUGCAGAGAGAGAUUUGGAGACGGGACUUUACAGUCUUCUGUGAACAGCCUGUACUUUUGGGUUUUGGAUUCAUUACAGGAUUGAGUACAAAUUCCUUUUUUGGAAGAAUGGGUUAAAUUGUGUAAAUUGGCUAUUUUGAGUUGGGAUUUGAGGGAAUUGCACCUCCAGCAAUUUGAUGCUUCUCAUUACUGCUGUCAAAAAAGAUUCUGUCUAUAGAAGCAUAAGUGACAUAAAAACUUAGAGGAAGAUUCCUCGGAUUAGAAUGUUUUGCUGCUUGUGGUGGAUGAGGCAGUAACAUAUUGUGAUGGUCAAAGGGGCUUUGUUUCGUCUGUGUUUUCAUUUAGCACCUAUUCUGUCCCCAGGGAAGACGGGCAGUGAUUUCCCUGGCUGCUGCGUCUCAUUGCAGCACCAGUCUGGUGCUACAUUGGUGCAGGCAGUGUCUCAGGCUGGCUCAAGGCCCACCCUCCACCCCUCACUGAGAGGAGGGGUAUAUCCGGGAGGAAGGGGCUAUUGGAGGUUGAAGAGCAGAACAAGACAGCAGACACCUUGUAUUGCCUGCUUUUACACUCUCUCCCUGGUGCCUGCUGUCUCAGAUUUGAAUGACCAUUAAAGUCACAGUUUCCAGAUCCACCUCUGUCCUGAUGCUGUAUCCCUGCCACAUGAUGAGGGCCAGUGCUAGUGUGUGCCAUUACACUGUAUACCUGACCAGUCUUCAUACUUAGCUGCACACAGUCCAGGAAUGCUUUUUACAAACCCUUGGGAGAAGCUGAAUGAAAAUCUGCCGCAAUUGGAAUUCUCUGGUUUUUUUUUAAAGUGGGAAUGUCACUCUGCGAUACACCUGUCAGUUUUUGCAGAAGGUUUCAAACAAAACCUAGUCCAGACCCCAGGGCUGUUGAUUAUAAAGAGUGUCAUUUUCAGGAAAUCGCUCUCUCUCUCUCUCUCUCUCUCUCUCGUGCUCUCUCGCUCUCUCUCUCUCUCUCUCUCUCUCUCUCCAUCCCCACCCCCCCAGAACUUCCAAGUUGACACAUUCCUCUUCUUGGCUGCCAUGUGGAGCCAAGCAUCCUAGUGGACAAAGUCUUUGGGAUCCAGUGGAUGUUGCGAAUGGAAGCUGGUGGAAGGGAUAGAAGUGCAGCAAAGAGAUGGAGACAUUUUGUCUGGGGGUGGUGGUGUGCAGGUGUUGUUUAGAUUAGUUGGCACCAACGAUUGUGUUCAAAGCAGUUGGAAGCAAACACAAGGGAAAGUUUCUGGGGAAAAUUUGGUGCUUGUUUGAGCUCUGAAGAAAUAAUACUGUCAUGCUUUUUGUUUUAUUUUUAAACACUCAACUUUUAUCUAUUUGGACUCAAAUAGUGGACAAAUUGUAAAGUCCCCAGUCUGAGGUCUGGCUAUGUUAGUCAUUUCAGUCAGAAAUUUUUCCCAGUUCUCCCCAGAGAUUUCAAAUCUGUUCAAUGAUCAUUCUUUGACAUCUUUUAAAUCUCAACCUUCCGUUGUGUCCUCUGCAAUUUGAAAGAGGACAAAUACUGGAUGAGGCUUUGUGAAGUUCCAAUUUUUCUCUCUCUCCUUUUUCAGCCAGUUGUAUGGUAAAUCAAUAUCAAGGUCCAAAUCAGUGUCACUCCUCCAAAAGCACACCCUCCCUUUUGAAAUCUGAAUGUGAAGCGCAUAAUCAAGCAGGAGAGUCUGCCCAGUGACCUCCCAUCCUGCAGGUGGCAGGAUAGGGGCAGCAACCUUUCCCUUGCCCUCCUAGGGAGAAAUCGCCUCCGUAUUACACUUCCAAUGGCUUCAAACUGGCCAAUAGAAGCACCAGUUGUGAAGUGAGGGUCAAAUCCAUGAUCUUCAGUUGGGAGACAAGUGCUUUUACCAGUACGGUUCUGGCCAAUGAAUAUUUAAUACCCACUGAUCACAACGAAUGCUGGGUGCCGCUGAUAACCGUUCUGGGUCAGCUGGGUAUUCCUCAGCUGUGUGCUUUGGCAGUGAGGUAUCAUGUGUAUUACCAUUCUAACCGCAGUGACCCGCUGUAGUAUGCUUUGUGGGGGAUUCCCUGGUCUUGUGGUCGUCAUGUGAAGGGCAAUCCAUUGAAUAACAGAUUUCCUAACUCAUGAUCUGAUGUAAUUUGCUGGUUUCUAUUCUACAAAUCUGCGCACACCAUGGACUUUACCAGCGUCCAGUUCUGGAAGGUGGCUCAACCAUCAGUUGAUCCUCAGUAGUGUGACUGGGAUAUGGAACUAAAGAUAAAUCCUGUUCCAUUCUCUCCAACCUGACCAGUUAAUGGCAAUGGUAAAAACUGCCCAUCCAAGUACUUUCACACAACAGGAAAAUAUUUUUCCUUUUGGCUUCACUGUAGAGGCAGAGUAGGAGAAUGAGCUAUGUCAAAAUGGUCCAUUGAAAGGUUUGAUGGCUCCUCCCCAACCCACAAAAAACAGGUUAUCCUGUCAUGAUGAUUCCAUGUGUGUGAUCUUGCCUGCUCUUCCUUUUAAUUAAGGGGAUUAUUUAAUUUUUGAUAGCUUUGAAUCAGAUGGUAACUGAUUUGCCUUAGCCUGAAUCAGCAGUUUUGUAUUUCUUCAACUGUACUUGUUACUCUGUCCAGAAAA